UAGAGGGACGGAGGCAUAAACACACACACAUUUAUAGGCACGCUAGCAGAAACUCAUUUUGCCCAGAUCCAUGAAGAUGCUGCUCUUCUUCUUACUUUCACUCUUCCACUUCAACCCAUCUCUGAGCCUAAAAAUCUGCUCCUUCAAUGUGAGGUCUUUUGGAGAAACUAAAAUAGCCAGACCUGAAGUCAUCGAUGCCGUGGUAAAGAUCGUUUCCCGCUGUGACAUCAUGUUGCUGAUGGAAAUAAAGGACAGCAAGAACCGUGUUUGUCCCCUCCUGGUGGAGAAGCUCACCAGUCAGCUGAAGGGGCCAAAGGAGGAGUACAGGUGCAUGGCCAGUGAGAGGCUGGGGAGGAACAGCUACAAGGAGCAGUAUGCCUUCAUCUACAGGCAAGACCAGGUAUCGGUGAAACAAACCUACCAGUACCCUGACACCCAGCCUGGGGAUGAGGAUGUCUUCUCCAGGGAGCCCUUUGUCAUCUGGUGGCAGUCUCCCAAAACUGCUGUCAGUGAGUUUGCUGUUAUCCCUCUGCACACCACACCAGACACAGCAGUGCGGGAGAUUGAUGAGCUCUAUGAUGUGUAUUUAGAUGUCAAACAGCGCUGGAAAACUGAGAACUUUGUCUUCAUGGGGGACUUCAAUGCUGGCUGCAGCUAUGUUCCCCAAAAGCAGUGGAAGAACAUCCGCCUGAGGACUUACUCCGAAUUCCUCUGGCUAAUUGGUGACAAGAAUGACACGACUGUGAAGAACAGCACCAGAUGCCCGUAUGACAGGAUUGUGGUCAGUGGACAGAAGCUCAUCCAGGCUGUGGUGCCACACUCUGCCAACAUCUUUGAUUUCCAGGAGGAAUUUCAGAUGACUGAGGAGCAGGCACUGGGAGUGAGCGACCAUUUCCCGGUAGAAUUUGAGCUAAAAGCAAAAGGUGGCUUUUUCAACUGGCUGAGAUCAAAGUUUUCAAGGAAGAGGAGACCAAAGAAGAGCCGCUCCUCGAGAUCAUGAGCAUGCUGAGUCCUCCUACCUGGCACAGAGAUACACAGAUGCUAACAGAUCUUACAGAAGUCUGGUAUGGAAAUGCUCACAGCAAGUACAAUAUUUAGCGGGUAAAAAACCCCAAAUAUUUUGUUAAAGUUCAAAUAUUUUGAAUGAGAAGGCAGAUUAAAUCUUCACGCUGUUUUAUCUUCAUUGUAUACAGAAAUAAAUCAGCUAGAAGCAGCACACUGUACUUACUGUACUGGUCACAGAUGCAAGGAGCUACUGCAGGGCUAAAAUAUUUCUGUGUGCUUUACCUGCCACACCUGAAGGGCAGGGAGCUCCACAUCUUCCCAUGGGCUCUGGAGCUCUGCCAUUCCUCUGCAGGGGCAGAAGGAUUAAAGGAUUUUUGCAUCGUG